UCCACAUGUCGGGCGACAAAAGUGCCAAUGGGUGUUGAAUGCACCUCCGCUGCAGCUCGCGGGGUCACCAUGGAUGCAAGCUAUAAGAUAGAGCACCUCUUUCUGAUCUGGUAUACUGGUACCGGUUCGGUACGACGUACCGUAUGGAUCUAUGAUAGCUCCGGUGGACCAAGUUUGGAAGCAGCUAAUGAGAUACAGUACUAUUUCAAACCGUUCUAUCCUUUCGUGGUCAAACUCGAUCAAGACGACAAAAUGGCGUCUCCCCCAAAAAGCUGGAAUUCAAAAAUUGACGUGACACUGAAUGAAUGAAUGAAUGAAUGAAAGCAUCAAGGAAUUCAAAAAGUCCCCCCGCCUCGAAAGCAGAAUGGGGAAAGCUCACUCGCACAAUCAACAAUUCCAUGGAAUACAGCCAGCCAGUAUAGAAAAGGUUGAAAUCGCUCGUCACAAUGUUUCAUGACGAGGAGUUGCCUCUCCUGCAGCAGCAGUAUGAUCCUGAGGAAAGUAGUGGGCUCCAUGCUUUUGUCGCAACAUCUACCAACAGAGCGUUCGUCUCAUUCAUCUGCCAAGAUCAUGGCUUCUUGACUCUAUUUGAAGCAGAAGCAAGAGUCCGAAACCUGAUUGCAGUGGCCCAAUUAGAUGGGGUGGCGAGCCAACAACAACAACAAGACGGUGAAGAGUCGACAUGGCAGUCCUCCUCUACAAUGACACAAUGCAUAAUAGGGACAUUGAGGGGUUCCCUUGCAGGAGCCUUUGCUGGAGUGAUCAUUGGAGCUGUGGGGGCAAUGCUUCUCGCAGAUAGACUUAUUGGUGUAAUGGCCGGAGAGGCCAUUGAGGAAUUUUCCACUACUAGAUCCGUUGCCGAAGAAACUCCCACUUUUGUUGCUCAAGUAGCCCAUGUUGGAGCAGCCUUUGGGGGCGUAGGAGGAGCCCUGAUAGGCUGGACAGUUGCUGGUUUAUAGACAGAGUCGUAUAGUAAGGAAUGGCAGCAGAUUGAAUGGUAGCUGGGGUCUGAGGUCAGGGGCAACCUUUGUCAAUCUCAAUCCCUGGCUUCUUGAUUAUGAUUAGUUACACCUUUUAAAUGUGCU